AUGGCACGGUGUUACUUUCGCUGGCGCAGGGUGUUAAUCUGUGUGUGCACACCUUGCAUCUUCCUGGCCCUGCUCUUUGUCUACGUUGGUCUCACGGUGUGUAUGAGCAUGAGGAGCAUGGCAGCACCAGCAUUUGAAAUCAUGCCUAAGAGUCCUCAUUUUGGGGCCAAUGGAAUUUUAAGAAAUAACAGCCUAAUAAAAGAAAUAAGAACUUUCUGGGAGAACCAAUGUCACAAAAAGGCUUUUUGGAACCAGCUCCAGCUGGCCACUGACUUCCUUUUUCACCCCAUCCUGCACCCCCCAAAAGCCAAGAGAUUAAUGAAGAAUAUCAGCUUUGAUAAUUUCCUGCUGAAGAAGAGUUUCUCUGCAGUUCACAGACUUGAUAACAUGACAUAUAAUGUUGAAGAGCUACCACAACAGGUGCAAGUCUUCGCAAGGUACAUGCAGACAAGAGACUACCCGGUUCUCCUCCAGCCAGGUGGAGAAUGUGGAGCUCAGGGAAAAGACGAGCGGGAGGACCCUCUGCUUCUCUUCGCCAUCAAAACAACAGCGGAUAACUUCGACAACCGACAGGCUAUUCGGCAGACCUGGGGCCAGGUGGGAUGGGUGGCAGGACAGAAGAUAAAUGGCAGUGGCAGAGAUAAUGGUGGAGCCUAUGUCCGCAGGGUGUUCCUGCUGGGCAAGCAAAACACCAAAGAACCGGAUGUGGAUGUGUCUGAGUUACUCAAGUUGGAGAGUAAGCUCUAUGGAGAUAUUCUGCAGUGGGACUUUGAGGAUACAUUUUUCAAUCUCACCUUGAAGGAUGUGCUCUUCUGGAGCUGGUUCUCACACUCUUGCAAGCAGACCCACUUUGUCUUCAAAGGAGAUGAUGACAUCUUUGUCAACACACCAAAACUGAUAACCUACCUCCAGAUCCAGAUGGAGAAGCCGCAUGUGAAGAAGAACAUGCACAACUUCAUGUUUGGGGACGUCAUAGGAGCAGGCCCACCCAACCGACUAUUCUUUUCAAAGUACUUUAUCCCACACAGCUUCUACAAAGGGUUAUACCCUGCAUAUGCGGGCGGGGGAGGGUUGGUGUACUCGGGUCAGUUGACCAGACGUCUGCACUUGAUUUCUAAAAGAGUUCACCUGUUCCCCAUCGAUGACGUGUACGUAGGGAUGUGCAUGGUUCAGCUCAAUGCCUUCCCCAUGCACAACCAUGCCUUCCUCAUGUUUGACUUCCUCAACAAUGAAGGGAAAGACCCGUGUUCAUACCACACCAUCUUAGUGAUCCACAAGCGAAGCCCCAACCAGGUGGUGAAACUUUGGACUGACUUGAAAGAGACACAGGCACAAUGUCGACAUGUGCCUCUGAGAGUUGAUGAGAGGAAUAAAAAUCAAAAUAAAUACCACCACUGUGCAGGCAUCUUGAAAUGCCUCUGGGCAGCUAUGCAGGCAUAUAUGGUAUUUAAGUUCAGCAGUAACUGGGGCAUAAGAACUGCUUAUAAAGAAUAA